GCCUCGCCGGCCGCCGUAGUAGGAAUGUUGCUCCCAACAACAACACGCAACUGUCAAGGAAACUUCUGCUUCUCACUCCGCUGCACUGAUUUAAAUCCGCACAGUUAACUUUACUCACCACUUCUAUAACCACAGCCGAACAAGGAUCUAUUUAAGUCGGGGUUUUCCCCCCCAAAAGCUGCCACUUCGUGCCAAGUUGACUUUGAUAGUCGAUUACUGCGAUGAGGUGGCGACUUGUCCAGGGUGUACGCCGCCUUCCGCCCGAUUGUAGCUGGGAUAGGCUCCAGCGCCCCCCGCGACCCCGAAGGGAAUAAGCGCAACACAAGACCGCCUAAAACCCACAGACUGACCGUGAUGGUGUCGGAACAGAACAGAAGGUUCACUUGUCUCCUGCACAUCCACACUUUCCUGGGAGUGAAGUGAUUAGGAUCUGUUAGAGAAACGUCGGGGAAGAUGUCUUUCUUGUCUUUUGGAAUGGCGAUUCUGAAGUGAUGGAGAACAAAGAGCACAGCGGUCUUGCAGAAGAGCAGGACAGCGUACCUCCUCAGCGAGGACUUCUCCACAUUUGGCAGUCAGGGGGACCCAGUGAGCCUCUUUGCCCAGAAAGAGUGUGUCUUCCCCAGUGUGUCCUGCAGGUGGCCCUGGGAGAACACCAUGGACUCCUGCUGGCACAGGGUGGUCAGGUGUACUCCUUUGGAGAGCUGCUCUGGAGGGGCCUCAGCGUUCCAGUGUCAACCCCAGUGUUGGAGGUCUCCCUACAAGGGACGACGGUGGUCCGCGUGGCCUCCGGGGGUUUCCAUUGCGGAGCGCUGAGUGAGCAGGGCGGCGUGUACAUGUGGGGGGAGAACACUGCCGGACAGUGUGGGCCGACUGAGGGUGGCACAGACUCAAAUGUUACUGUUGCAGAACCAUACCCGCUGGCUGUGGUGGACAAUGAAGUGGUUCCUCCCGCGGUGGUUCGCAUUGUGGACCUGGCGUGCGGACGGGAGCACAGCCUGGCACUGUCAGCCCAGAAUGAGCUGUGGGCUUGGGGCAGCGGCUGUCAGCUGGGCCUGGUCACCAGCAACUUUCCUGUCUGGAAACCCCAAAAGGUGGAGCACUUGGCAGGCAGACAUGUGAUUCAGGUAGCUUGUGGGGCGUACCACAGCCUGGCUCUGGUCCGUAGUUUGCAUCCCCAAAACUCGAAUGCACAUAAACCUCGAGAGAAGCGGUCCGCAUCGCACCUGUCGCUGACGAAGAAAGACGAAUCUCUCUCUGUCGACGACGCACACUACUGUCCGCUGGGGGUGGAGCUAACUGAAAGCAUGUCAGCGGAGACUUCAGCCAGAAGACGCUCCAAACAAAGGUUUCAACCAGCUGGCGGGAGCCAUAGAUAUCAAACAGUUUUAUUUCCAUACACUUACAGCAUAUCUAACAACAAAGAGAAUGUUGGAAAAUCUGAGCCCGAUGGACAAGAUGACCCCAUAACCCAGACGGACAGCUGCACUACAUCAUACCCACUGCCAGGCUUGACAGAUAAAAAGAAACGUGCUUUCCCUAAUGAGCUGGAGCUUCAGAACCUUCUCCAAAAACUCUCCGGUCACUCAUUAGAGAUGCAAAAUAGCAGCGGGCUCGGCGAUAGCGACUCGCUGAGCAGUCAGACCUCAGAUGACAGCUGUGUCUCCUCAACUCCUUUCAACGACCAGCUAUCCUCCGCCUAUACAAAUGGGGCGACAGUUUGUGAGGGGGUCAGAUCCUCCACUCCAAUGGGCUUGGAAGAGUUGUCCCUGCAGAAGAAGAAGAAGUCACUGCAAGGAUACAAGAGCUACAGUCUUACAGACUUAAGCCGGGACGGGAAAACCGGAACGAGGCGAAGCUCCUUACCUGGAACACCUACCCAUAAAACCCCACCCAGACCGCACCUUUAUGGCUGCAAGUCAUCCUCUUCUAGCCCGAUCCUCACUUCUGCAACCGAGGAGGGUUUCCCCACGCUGGAGACGGAGGUGUGGAGCUGGGGCAGAGGCUCUGAAGGGCAACUGGGCCACGGAGAUCAACUGGCCAGACUCCAGCCUCUUUGUAUUAAGUGUUUGACAGGCGAGGAAGUGAUCAAAGUUGCAGCAGGAUCCCACCAUUCACUGGCUCUCACCGCACAAUGCCAGGUGUACUCAUGGGGCAGCAACAUGUGUGGACAGCUUGGCCAUGUCAACAGUCCUGUUACUGUCCCGCAGCAGACCAAGUUGUGGGACGAUCUUCGGGCCUGGGAUGUGUCAGCGGGCCAGAGCCACUCUCUGGUCCUGGCUGACGGAGACCGUGUGGAGCCUGUCCUGUUGUACUGCGGACAGCAGCAGGAGCCGAGGCGGGAGCCCGGUGAGGCGUCGUGCCAGAGCAAGCGGCCGUGCCAGAGGUCACCCAGCAGGGCGGAGAAUUAUACAGUCAGACCCACUUUGCUGCCUUUCUGCGUGGAGAUGGGUUACAUCAGCAAUGUGUCCAGUGGUGGCCAGAGGUGUGCGCUGCUGGCAAACCGCAACGUCACAUGUGUCAUCUCAGCCGUCCACGAACUUGCGUUCGUGGAGAGGAAGUUUUACUGCUGGUUGAGCAGCGUCAAGAAGCUGCUUCUCACACCGCUCUACAACAAAGAGAGUGCACGGCCCUCCCUUGGCGAGACAUGCUCUCGCCUCUUCCUUUCCCUCUGUGGGACCUUUAAUCACCUGAGCACCCUGAUUGGUCAACACUCAACAUGGCUCAGCCGCUCUGUGCACGAGGUGCAAUGCCAUGACGUCACUUCCCUUCACCUGCUCGUCCACACUCAGCACUUCCUGGACAUCUAUACUGCAUAUUGUACGACUGUCGGUGACUUCCAGGUCAUGGGGGGAUUUCAGUCGCUCCAUAAACUCUCGCUUGAGUUUUUAGGUUCCCAGCAGACCAAACUCGCAGAGCUUGAUGAAUCUGACCCAUCAGUCAGAGGCACGGUGGAUCUGGGUUCCUUGUUGUACUGGCCUCUGCAGCACCUCCACCGGUACAGCCAAGUUCUGCUUAAACUGGAAGCCUGCUACGAUGUGCUCACAGCAGAGUAUCAGUCCCUCCAUCUUAGCUGUAUGCAGUUUGAAAGCCUCUCUAGGUUUCUGCUGAGAAGGAAGAAGGAGGCAGAAGUCACUUUCCUCUUCUGGAAGACUCAUUCUGGAAAAAACACUGAGGGUCUGCGUCUCCCACAGCGUCGGGUUUUAUGUGAGAGCAGCAACAGAACUCUGACCCUGCAGGGUGCCGGGCGCUUCUCCAACCACUGGUUCAUCCUGUUCAACGAUGCCCUGGUUCACAUCCAGCGCUCCAUUCCCUCUCAGAGCCUUUUCUCCACUCAUCAUGUCUACCCUCUGAACUGCUUGUGGGUGAAACCACUCCCUGAAAACGACAGUGGAUGCUAUGCCAUCAAAAUUACAUGUCCAGAAGAAACCUUCACCCUGGUGGCUUCGACGCCAGAAGAGAAGAACAAGUGGCUUCAUUUUCUCCAUCAAGAGGUGGAUGGGCUGCUGGCUGGCGGAGGUCGGGGGUCACCGCCAGGAAUAACAGCAAUGUCCCGCACGGCGUCCUAUACAUUCACAGGAGAAGGAAGGUUGAAAGACGGCCAGUAUACUGGGAGCUGGCAUGCUGGACGUAUUCACGGCCGAGGAACUAUGAGAUGGCCGUCUGGACAGACGUACACCGGGAACUUUAAAAAUGGAUUGGAGGAUGGAUACGGGGAGUGUAUAAUUCCAGACAAACUGCUGAAUAAAGCAGGUUGCUACCAGGGACACUGGCGGGAUGGCAAGAUCCACGGCUUUGGCAUCUACAGAUACGCCUCAGGCGACGUUUACGAGGGCUGCUUCAGCGACGGCCAGCGCCACGGCUACGGCAUGCUGAGCUCUGGGAAGAUGGACAAGACCUCUUCGGGCGUUUUCAUCGGUCAGUGGGUCUACGACAAGAAGACGGGGUAUGGCGUUUAUGAUGACAUCACCAGGGGCGAGAAGUACAUGGGAAUGUGGCUGGAUGAUGAGAGGCAUGGGAGGGCCUUGGUGGUGACUCAGUACGGCGUGUACUAUGAAGGACACUUCAGGGAAAACAAGAUGAGUGGUCCAGGUCUGCUGGUAUCAGAUGAUGACACUGCUUUCCGUGGGGAGUUCUCUGAAGACUGGACUGUCAACGGGAAGGGGGUGUUAUCCCUCGCCAACGGUGACUCUAUCGAAGGCCAUUUCAGUGGCGAGUGGAAUGCAGGUCUCAAGGUGACUGGAACUUACACCAAAUUAGCCCCUGAUGAGCCCGAGGACAAAGACAGAGACAACUUUUUCAGGUUGGGUCAGCAUGUAGUGGCCGCAGGUGAGCGGUGGGUGUGUGUCUUUGACGAAUGCUGGAGGCGACUGGGCUGUGACGUCGCCGCCAGAGGAGACAGGACGACAGCCUGGGAAAACAUCGCCGUUUCUAUCACCAGUGGACGCCAACACAGUCCGCACCUCAGCAGGUCUCAGAGCAAAGUAUUGGAGGGUUUGGAGUGCAUCCCCCAGCAUGGAGAAGCGGUCACGGCCAAGAACUACAACAACAUACAAAGAUACCUCGCAAAGGCGUGUGAAACCCCGAUCCACCCUCUGGGCUGGCUGGUAGAGACUUUGGUCACCGUCUACAGGAUGACCUACGUGGGCGUGGGAUCCAACCGCAGACUGCUAAGGGAGGCUGUAAAGGAGCUGCAGGCCUACCUCCAACACUUCUACUGCAUCGUCAGGUUCCUGUUUCCGGGACUACCAGAAGAUGGUGGCAUCCUGCCAGAAACUCCAACUUCUCCAUGUAAAAUCAGAUACAGCUCAAGUUCAAUGGAAGAAAGUUUUGUCACAGUGGUGAGCAGCUCCUCACUGCUCCUCCCACGGCUGCUGCCACAACUCUACCCCCCUCUCUUCAUGCUCUACUGCCUGCACGACGAGCAGCAGGAGGUGCAGUACUGGGAGCGCAUCCUGCGCCUCAACAAGCAGCCCGAUCACUCCCUGCUCCGCUUCCUGGGCGUACACGAAAAGUUCUGGCCCAAGUUCAUGACAGUUCUUGGAGAGACAAACAAGAUUGGACCCAGCAGUAAAGAUGUCUGCUUUGUCUGCGCUGUGGAGACACUUCAGCAAAUAAGCACCACCUUCACACCUUCUGAUAAACUGCUGGUCAUCCAGAGGACUUUUGAGGAGCUGACACAGGAAAUCAAACCAAUGCAGGAUGGCGACUUCCUGUGGUGUAUGGAUGACCUGCUCCCUCUCUUCCUCUACAUCGUGCUCAGGGCCAGCAUCAGGAACCUGGGAGCAGAAGUGAGUCUGAUAGAAGAUGUGAUGGAUCCUAAUGUGCAGCAUGGAGAGCUGGGACUGAUGUUCACCACACUGAAGGCCUGCUACAUCCAGAUCCAGCUGGAGUCCACCACGUAGAGCAGGAAGGACAACCCUCCCCAUCAUUGUCACCUGCAACGUGUAAUACUACUAACAAGUGUGUGUCAGCACUCCUCUUCUCACACACACACACACACACACACACACACACACACACACACUGUAUAUUAACAAUAAUGUUUUCGAACUCUUUGGUCUUUCCUUGAAGAGUGAACAUAGGGACAAUGUGGAAUAUAUAUAUAGUGUGUGUUCUCAGGGACUAAGAUGUAUAUUAGACACCUCACAUGUAUGUUUGAUAGCAGGAAGCACACGCUAACACCUGUUAGCUCACACACUGUUAGCACACGCUAACACCUGUUAGCUCACACACUGUUAGCACACGCUAACACCUGUUAGCUCACACACUGUUAGCACACGCUAACACCUGUUAGCUCACACACUGUUAGCACACGCUAACACCUGUUAGCUCACACACUGUUAGCGUUUUAUGCC